ACAGGUUAGGAAUGUAUUGAUUCUUUCCACCCUGGACGAAGAGAAACCACUGUGGAUAUGAACCAGAAGCGCUGGCUCCCUGGUCUGUUAUCUGUGACUUUUGGGGUGGCAGUGAUUAUAGGAGGCCAGGUCUCCUCCUUUCUUCAGAUCAGAGGAAGGUACAUACAAGGACUCCAACUCGUGCCAUUCCUGGCUGAAGAGCACCUUUAGGAGUCCUCUGAAGCCUGGAAAGCAGGUGAUUGGUUGCAUAGCACUUAGGCUCCUGACAAGGCAGGUGUGACAUCCAGAUAAUGGCUGCCUCGAAGAAGAUAAGAAGUUUCUCUUUGCUUCAGUCCUUUGGAAUCACAGAAGAGAUACAGAUAAAGGAAAUUUGGAGAGCGACCUCAACCGAAACGGCUCACCAGGGAAGCAAUGCGAAAUUACCUAAAGGAGCGAGGGGAUCAAACAGUGCUAAUACUCCACGCGAAAGUCGCGCAGAAAUCAUAUGGAAAUGAAAAAAGGUUCUUUUGUCCUCCUCCAUGUGUGUAUCUUAUGGGCAGUGGUUGGAAGAAAAAAAAAGAGCAAAUGGAACGGGAUGGUUGCACUGAGCAAGAGUCACAACCUUGCGCCUUCAUUGGAAUAGGAAACAGUGACCAAGAAAUGCAGCAGCUCAACUUGGAAGGAAAGAAUUAUUGCACUGCCAAAACAUUAUACAUAUCAGACUCAGACAAGAGAAAGCACUUCAUGUUAUCGGUAAAAAUGUUCUAUGGCAAUAGUGACGACAUUGGUGUGUUCCUCAGUAAACGGAUCAAAGUCAUCUCCAAACCUUCUAAAAAGAAACAGUCACUGAAAAAUGCAGAUUUAUGUAUUGCGUCAGGGACAAAAGUGGCACUAUUUAAUAGACUUCGAUCCCAAACAGUUAGCACCAGAUAUUUGCACGUAGAAGGUGGUAAUUUCCAUGCCAGUUCACAACAGUGGGGAGCAUUUUACAUUCACCUCUUGGACGAUGACGAGUCGGAAGGAGAAGAAUUCACCGUGAGAGACGGCUACAUUCAUUAUGGGCAGACUGUCAAACUUGUAUGCUCAGUUACUGGCAUGGCACUCCCAAGACUGAUAAUUCGAAAAGUAGAUAAACAAACGGCGUUAUUGGAUGCAGAUGAUCCAGUAUCGCAGCUCCAUAAAUGUGCAUUUUACCUUAAAGACACUGAGAGAAUGUAUUUGUGCCUUUCCCAGGAGAGAAUAAUCCAAUUUCAAGCCACUCCAUGCCCAAAAGAACCAAAUAAAGAAAUGAUUAAUGAUGGAGCUUCUUGGACAAUCAUUAGCACAGAUAAAGCAGAAUACACAUUUUAUGAGGGGAUGGGACCUGUCCAUGCUCCAGUGACACCUGUGCCUGUUGUAGAAAGUCUUCAAUUGAAUGGUGGCGGGGAUGUAGCAAUGUUGGAACUUACAGGACAGAACUUCACUCCAAAUUUACGUGUCUGGUUUGGGGAUGUGGAAGCUGAAACCAUGUACAGAUGCGCAGAGAGCAUGCUGUGUGUUGUUCCAGACAUUUCUGCCUUUCGAGAGGGUUGGAGGUGGGUCCGUCAGCCAGUCCAGGUUCCAGUCACUUUGGUCCGUAACGACGGCAUCAUUUACUCCACCAGCCUUACCUUCACCUACACGCCGGAGCCGGGGCCACGACCACACUGCAGCGCGGCCGGAGCCAUCCUCAGAGCCAACUCCAGCCUCAUGGCUUCCAGCGAAACGACAAACACAAACAGCGAGGGGAGUUACACAAACGUCAGCACAAACCCAACCAACGUCACAUCAUCCACGGCGACUGUGGUUUCCUAACUACUGGUGUUUGGCUGGACUUUUAACUGACUUUUAAGUGCUACGUUCAAGAGAACUGAACAAUUUUUUUGUGGUUUCAUGGGGAAAAAAAAACACCUUUCCAUUUUAGGUGAUAUUAUUUGAACCUUGUUACCUGCCAAGUGCUGAUCUGAAAUAUCGAAGCCACAAUAAAAAAAAAAAAAACCAACAACAACAAAAACAAACAUCCAAAACAUAAGAACUUUAUUGAAAAUCUAUUUUUCAGCUGUUUUUUUUUUUUUUAAUGGGCAAGAAACAAAAAAUGUGGCUGGGAUACAUGUUGAGCAAACUAGAAAACAUGAACACAACAUAGUUUUUAUGGACCAAGGAACUUGUAUAAGCUUUAGUAUAAAAGGUACAUUUUCACCAUACCUUUUUUGUAUCACAACAUAUAGUACACUUUUGUUACCAAAUAGUUUAUAUUUUUUUUUCCUCUGAGCUUUUGCUCUGAAGUAUAUUCAGGUUCCAAGCCUGACCAUGCUUGUAUAAUCUAAUUACCAUACUCUUCCAGUUUUAAAAAAAUAUAUAUAUUUUUGGUCUGUGGCUGGAACUGUUCCUUUUUUUAAACUGAAGUCUUGUGACUUUUUAUGAACUGAAAUUGUUUUUAUUUCAGCAAGUAGAACCUUGUAAAGGCCAGCAUAUUUUUUUUAAGAUUAUAUGAAGUCUGUGCAAAAGCUUUAAAAAAAUGCCUCUGCCUUGCCUGCAAUACAUGCAAUGUAUGUUAACUUUAGUGCUCUGUUUUCAGUCAUUGUUAAUAGUUAUUUCUGUUUUUCCUUUUUUUUUAAUAUGUAUUUAUAGUGAUAAUUCAUGAGGUUCUAACAUUACAUGAGUUUUUUUUUUUAAAGUGGCAUCUCAAGCAGUCAUAUUAAUGACUGUUCGUGUCACAGGCAUACGUUGGUGUUUUUGAAGAGUUGUUACUUGGUUACUCCCCCUCUUCCUUGCUCAGUCAUAUUGCAUCUGAAAACGUUUCAGGAUCUGUUCAGGUUUUUCUAAUCUUGUACAUAAUUUGUAUUAAGUGUAAGUUAAAUGUUUUAUUUCGAGAGUGGAAUGUUCCCAAUAACUUCAUUUGGCAGCAUGUCUUCUGUCUUGUUGGCAUGUAACUAAAAAAUACCAUGAGAAGUAUGUGCUACAAAUGGGAUUGGUGGGUGAUGCCCUUCAUCACUCGAGAAUCACAACCAGCAUGUUUUUCUUCAUAACUGUUCAGUAAAUUAGGCCAGGUUUUGGUGUAACACUUGUCUUGAGAACGUGCUUUCAUUGUGAAGUGAUCAUACCGUGAUAACUAGGAAGUAAAUUUUCUUACUUUAGAAAUGGGCAAAUUAGCAAAUCGUAAAAGCACUAUGAAGAUGUCAGCUCCUCCCAUCCUGAUUUCCUGUGGGUCUCUCUUUCCCCGCCAACAGCUUGUGCAACGUUCAAGUCUUCUCUCCAUCAUAAACUCAAGGCUCAUUUGCACUUUGACUUUGUUGGUCGUUGCAUUUUGUUUUUCAUUUGGACUCUGCCGUUGUCUUGUCCCUCCUUGUAGACCUGCCUGCUUGGUUUGUGUUGGGAAGUAGACCUUGGUAGUUCCUCUGUAGUCAUGGAACUGUAGGCUCCUAGGACAAGUUCUGAUAGCGUGCUCUUCUCAAAAAGCCAAAUUACAAAUCUGAUGGUGUGGUCGGCCUUUCCUACACCCUGAAGCAAGAGCCACAACUGCUGUGUAAACGUGAACCUGUGGCUUCCUGCAGUGCGUUGCUUAUAAGUUUAUCCGUUGACCGUUUUCAUAAGGUUUUGUUUGUGUUUUUGUUGUUUUUUUUUUUUAUUUCUGACUACUUAUUCCAGUUUCAACACCCAUUGUGUCUGCACCGCGUUUGUCUCCUCUGACGCUCCAUUCGACUUGUUCGCUUCAGUGCUCUGGUGUGUGUCUCUGUGUGUGUGAAAACAACGUGGUUGAAGGAAGAAAUGGGUUAUAAAAACGUAUUUGGUGAAAUCGGUGCCACCCUCCUUCCGAAAAGCGCUCGUAUCCUACUGCAGGCCUUGGUGUUUCCUUUAUUGUGUGUGACAGACCUGACCCCCCGUGCCACGGGGGCGAUGCCGGUCCCUAGCACUGGGGAAUGCUGCCUCACCUCAUCUCCGCUUCAGUGACCAAGGGCAGGAUUCAUUGUGGCCUUAUCUCUGUUUUCAACUGUUUACUGGCAAUUACUUGCGAACCUGUUUACCUUUGUGUGUGGCUGGACGAGUUCAUUCUGAUUUUUGUGGUGGUGGUGGUGGCGGGAAGCGGUUUCGUUAGAAGCACGUAUCUUGCAGUACGGCUUAAUUCAAGAGCCACAGACUUUCAUCACUAAUUAGACUGAGAAUCCAAAUAAGCGAUAUAUGUAUCAGAUUCAGAGGGUGUUCAAGAACGAACCAUGAUUAUACACACAGUAGGCAAACCAUAACAAGCCUUUCAACCUUCAAAGACUCUUUAAAAUAGCUUUUUUUCAGAACUUGACACCUGCUUUUAUACUCAUUAUUUUAAAAUUUUUACAUAUAAAUGCAAUACUUUUUUAUAUUCAGUUUCUUUACUUGCAAUAAUUUUGCCCAGUAGAUGUAAUACUCCUUGACUUGUAAAGAACCUAAUGACUUAGCCUAAUUUCUGCUCUUCUACACACUACAGCCAAGUGGGUGAAAUAAGUAAAAAAGAGACUAUGAAGUUUUGCUUACAAGACCAUUUUAAACCCUGUUUUUUCCCCCGGGCUCGUGGCUCCAUUGUUGCCAGUAGUUAUUCCCCAGUACAGAAAAUGGUCUUCCAGCUCCUCCCUGUUGUUGAGGUGUCCGGUUGGUCAGAUAUUUUCUCUUCUUGAACUUUUUUUCCCCUGCGGGGGUGAUAUUGUUACGUUUAUUGGCCUUGUGAGCUGUUAAUCAGUUUUCAUGCUAUUAACAAUAUCUCGAGAUUUUGAUAAAACUACUUUUGCGAUGUUUCAGUCCGAAACUCUUAUAACUGUUCGAGUCUUGCUGUUAAGUCUGCUGUUAAUUCUAUAUACAUAGAAAUUGAGUCUGUGUUCAGAAUGUCGUUAUAGUUCCAACUGUAGGAAGAAAAAGCAAACGAAGUGCUCAAAUUUAGCUAUGCCUUGUCUUGUUUUCUUUUGUUUGGAACUGCAUUUCAGAAUUCAACACUAGCCUAGUCUUUUAAUAAUCCGCUGCUGCUGGUUUUUUUUUUUUCCUAAUUAUUUGCCCUAAGGGCAUCCCACAACCGUGUUAAUAAUGGGUUUCUGUCCUUCUUGCCGUUGCCCAGGCUGAUGAGUUCAGAAUGGUUACCCAAAAAGCCCCGAACUCAAGGCAUAAAUGCUGAGUGAAACUAAUCAUCUGUUGGACGUAAGGUACCCACUUGUAGAUGAAAUGACUCCAUGGAGGUUGCCCAUCUUGAAACUAAGAUGCUCUUCGAUUAUUAACCAGAUUAUUUACUUUCUCUCAAAAGCAGCUGUGUUUAUGAGUACUGAACAAAUGUGUAUACUUUCCUGUGCCAGACUUUUGACUUUGUUUUCAAGCACUGUACUGUGGGAUUGAGUGGCAGCUUUGUUAGAAAAAAAAAAAAAAGAAAAAAAAGAAAAAUUAUAUUAGGGUUUCUACUUAACCCUUUUAGGACUGAACAAUUCCUUCCCUUUCGAAGCUGUAAAAUAAAUGAGCAGUUCUAACUCUGUAAACAUUCUGUCUGUAUUCAGCACUGCAUUUGCCCCAUCUGGAGGUGCUACGCUAAUGUCAUUUUUUUAAAAAAAAAAAAAAAAGAAAAAGAAAUCCUGUAGCAUGUGUAUACAUUCAGUCUUAAAAGGGUUAUUUUUACAAACUGUGCACCUGUAAAGUUUCUUAGCAAUAAGGUAGAAAAAUGAGCAAGUUUUUACCAUAAUUUUGUAGAAUUAAUUGCUCAGUUCCAUAUUUCAUCAAGAAAAACCCUGCAAUAUGGGCAGUUUUGAGGAUUAAAUAAAAGUGAAAUGUAAACCACA